UGGGUUAAAGGUCUUGCUAAGAGGCGGUGCUGGCAAAGGAGGCGGAAAGCUGCACUGAUUUAGCAGGGACUUCUGGAAUAACAAGGGGGUCGACUUUGCAGAAGACGGGAAAAGAGGGUGCCUUGGAAUUUGGAGGGGAGGAAGAGGACUGUCUUUAUUCUGUGGCGCAUGGACGACAAUUAAACCGGUUGCAGGCAGGAAGCAGGAGAUGGAGAGGCAUAAAAAACAUGCGGGGCUGAAGAAUGGGGUUCAGGAAUGCAGGAUGGGAUCAGGGACGGAGAAUGGGAAUAAAGAAUUGGAGGCGAAAGAGGAGAGUGGGGCGCUGAGCAUAUCGGAUGAUAGAGAAGAGUAGAGAAAAAUGACAAAAAUGGAGGUGAAGACAUCUCUUCUUGACAAUAUGAUUGGGGUUGGAGAUAUGGUGCUUCUGGAGCCCCUUACUGAGGAAACCUUUAUCAGCAAUCUCAAACAACGCUUUGAUCACAAUGAAAUAUAUACUUAUAUUGGAAGUGUGGUGAUAUCAAUAAACCCAUACAGAUUGCUCCCUAUUUAUUCAGCAGAGAAAGUAGAAGAAUACAGAAACAGAAACUUCUAUGAACUCAGACCUCACAUUUUUGCCCUGUCUGAUGAAGCAUAUCGAUCUUUGAGAGACCAGGAUAAAGACCAGUGUAUACUUAUAACUGGGGAGAGUGGAGCUGGAAAAACAGAAGCCAGCAAACUUGUCAUGUCUUACGUAGCAGCAGUUUGUGGCAAGGGAGCAGAAGUUAAUCAAGUAAAAGAACAACUUUUACAGUCUAAUCCAGUGCUUGAAGCCUUUGGAAAUGCCAAAACUGUAAGAAAUGAUAACUCAUCUAGAUUUGGAAAAUAUAUGGACAUUGAGUUUGACUUCAAAGGUGAUCCACUUGGAGGAGUCAUUAGCAAUUAUCUCCUGGAAAAAUCCCGUGUUGUUAAACAGCCCAGAGGUGAAAGAAAUUUUCAUAUUUUCUAUCAAAUUCUGUCUGGAGGAUCAGACGAUUUGCUCAAAAAACUUAAGCUGGAGCGGGACUUCAAUAGAUAUAACUAUUUGAGUCUAGGCUCUGCAAAAGUAAAUGGAGUAGAUGAUGCUGCAAACUUCAGGACAGUGAGGAAUGCAAUGCAGAUCGUGGGAUUUAUGGACCAUGAGACACAGUCAGUUUUUGAAGUUGUUGCUGCCGUCUUAAAACUGGGAAACAUUGAAUUUAAACCAGAAUCUCGUGUGAAUGGAUUAGAUGAAAGUAAAAUCAAAGAUAAAAAUGAACUUAAAGAAAUAUGCGAGUUGACAGGCAUUGAUCAGUCAGUUCUGGAAAGGGCUUUUAGCUUCCGCACUGUUGAAGCCAAGCAGGAGAAAGUAUCUACAACUUUAAAUGUGGCUCAGGCUUACUAUGCUCGGGAUGCUCUGGCAAAGAAUCUUUACAGCAGACUGUUUUGUUGGCUUGUUACCAGGAUCAAUGAAAGCAUUAAGGCACAGUCCAAAGUAAGGAAGAAAGUAAUGGGGGUUUUGGACAUCUACGGCUUUGAAAUUUUUGAGGAUAACAGUUUUGAACAGUUUAUUAUUAACUACUGUAAUGAGAAACUGCAGCAGAUCUUCAUUGAGCUUACUUUAAAGGAGGAGCAAGAAGAAUAUAUACGAGAGGGUAUUGAAUGGACUCACAUUGAAUACUUCAACAAUGCUAUAAUUUGUGAUCUUAUAGAGAACAAUCAGAAUGGAAUCCUAGCUAUGCUAGAUGAAGAAUGUCUGCGGCCAGGGUCUGUUACUGAUGAAACCUUCUUAGAAAAAUUGAACCAGGUCUGUGCUACUCACCAGCACUUUGAGAGCAGGAUGAGCAAAUGUUCACGUUUCUUGAAUGAUACUUCUCUCCCACACAGCUGCUUCAGAAUUCAACAUUAUGCUGGCAAGGUGAUGUAUCAGGUAGAAGGGUUUGUUGACAAGAAUAAUGACCUGCUUUACCGUGAUCUGUCCCAAGCUAUGUGGAAGGCCAACCACUCCCUCAUUAAAGCACUAUUUCCAGAAGGAAACCCUGCCAAGAUUAAUUUAAAGAGGCCGCCAACAGCAGGUUCCCAGUUCAAAGCUUCUGUGGCAACGUUGAUGAGGAACCUGCAAACAAAAAAUCCCAAUUACAUCAGAUGCAUUAAGCCUAAUGACCAAAAAGCAGCGCACAUCUUCAGUGAUGCUCUAGUUUGUCAUCAGGUUCGAUAUUUGGGUCUGCUGGAAAAUGUCCGAGUCAGAAGGGCAGGAUAUGCAUUCCGUCAAACGUAUGAGCCUUGCCUAGAAAGAUACAAAAUGCUUUGCAAACAAACCUGGCCACAGUGGAGAGGCCCUGCAAGAGCUGGGGUCGAGGUCCUUUUUAAUAAGCUGGAAGUCCCUGGAGAAGAAUACUCCUUGGGUAGAUCAAAAAUAUUCAUCCGCAAUCCAAGAACCCUCUUCAAAUUAGAAGACCUAAGGAAACAACGCCUUGAGGAUUUGGCUACAUUAAUCCAAAAAAUUUACAGGGGCUGGAAGUGCCGCACGUAUUUCCUUCUCAUGAAAAAAAGUCAGAUUGUGAUUUCCGCCUGGUACAGAAGAUAUGCACAACAGAAGAAGUACCAGCAGAUCAAGCGUUCUGCCAUCAUCGUACAGUCUUAUAUCAGAGGAUGGAAAGCUCGAAAGCUGCUUCGUGAGCUGAAGCACCAGAAGCGCUGUGAGGAAGCUGUUACAACCAUCGCAGCCUAUUGGCACGGAGCUCAGGCUCGGAGGGAGUUGAAGCGCUUGAAGGAAGAGGCUAGGCGUAAGCAUGCUGUUGCAGUCAUAUGGGCUUACUGGCUUGGACUAAAGGUUCGUAGAGAGUACAGGAAAUUCUUCCGAGCCAACGCUGGAAGGAAAAUUUAUGAAUUUAUACUUCAGAAAAUUAUGCAAAAAUACUUUUUGGAAAUGAAGAAUAAGAUGCCUUCUUUAUCACCAGUAGAUAAAAACUGGCCAGCAAGGCCUUACCUGUUUUUGGAUUCAACUCAUAAGGAAUUGAAGAGGAUAUUCCACUUGUGGAGGUGUAAAAAGUACAGAGAACAGUUUACAGACCAGAAGAAGCUCAUUUAUGAAGAAAAACUGGAAGCUAGUGAACUUUUCAAGGACAGAAAAGCUUUAUAUCCAGCCAGUGUCGGACAGCCUUUCCAGGGGGCUUAUCUUGAAAUCAGUAAGAACCCCAAGUACAAGAAACUGAAGGAUGCUGCUGAAGAAAAAAUUAUUAUUGCUGAAGUGGUAAACAAAGUUAAUAGAGCAAAUGGAAAGUGCACGGCUAGGAUUUUCUUGCUCACAAAAAAUAAUGUCCUACUUGCUGAUCAGAAGUCAGGGCAUAUCAAAUCAGAGGUUCCUUUGGGGGAUGUCACUAAAGUAUCCAUGAGCUCCCAGAGUGAUGGUUUCUUUGCUGUGCAUCUCAAAGAGGGAUCUGGAGCAGCUGGAAAGGGUGAUUUCCUGUUCAGCAGUGAUCAUCUGAUUGAAAUGGCCACAAAGCUUUACCGCACAAUGCUUAGUCAAACCAAGCAGAAGCUCAACAUUGAAAUAUCUGAUGAGUUCCUGGUUCAGUUCAGACAAGACAAAGUAUGUGUAAAAUUUGUACGAAGCAACCAGAAAAACGGCAGCAUCCCCACUUGCAAGCGAAAAAAUAACAGACUUCUUGAAGUUGCAGUACCAUAGUAAAUAUACAUCCAUACCUUACAUGGACAUAAUUCUUGCAAUGGUGCAAUUUUAUCCAUGGGAGGGAAUUUUGUGGGAAUGGUGAAGAGGAUUCUAUGAGUGGCAAAUAGGUUUUUGGAAAGCUGUCGCAACUAACCUCUUCAAUGCACACAUUUUUAGUUUCCAUAUGGUAAUUUUUGGUUGAUAUAUACACUUUUUGGCUUCUGACAGUAUAUUAUGAACAGGCAAGUUUUUUGUAAUUCCUUUGUUACUGCUGCAUGUUAUAAACCCACAGCCUUUUAUGGCCAUUCUUGAUCUUAAAUUAAGACCCUGCACUGCCAGCUGUAUAGGUUGUCAGAAUAGCUUGAUGAUGAUCACUGUGCCAUUUUCUUCCUGGUUUUCUUCCAUGGCAAACUCAGUCCAAAGCAUUAAUCAAAAAGAAACAUAGGAGCAAUUGACAAAUUCUGAGACUGAAAGUUAUAUCGUUAAUUGCAAACAGCAUUAAGCCAUACGUAAUACGAUCUUUAAUGGAACAUAGGCCAGGCAAUCCUAAUUCUACAAAGCAGAAGACAUGCAUCACCAUCUAUGCAGCAUGUCUGCAUAGGCUUUUUUUGUAUUUGCAGUGGGAAAAAGCCAGUGGUGCUGCAUUUUUUUUAAUUGAAAACUUUUAAUGACUUUACAAGAGGAGGAAGCCAACGGAGCCCUUUAAGGAGGCAACAGAUAUAUUAAGGAGUUACAAAAGCCAUGUAGCCCAAGACAUGGUUUUUGUUUUGUGUGCUUCCUCCUACCCCCACUUUUAACAUAACCCUUAAGUGUAAUGCCAUUGUCUGCAUGGCAAAACAGAGGGCAAAUAAUUUAAACUUGUUGAAUGAAGGGUGAGAAUACAUGCUGUACCAUGUGCAAUAAAACAUUCAUACAACUUGUGAAAAUUAUUUAUAAUAAUAUCUGUAGGUAAUAUAGAUGGUUGGGACAUGCUGAGUAUUCAUUGUUAUAAGGGCUGAAGUUAGCUUCAUAGUAUGCUAAGCUUGUUCUCUGGAUAUACACUACAGUUAUCACUUUGAAGAAAAUAAUCAUUUGGGGGACAAACAUACAUGUGAUGUUAAUGAUAAAUAAUUGUAAUAUUGUGCUAUUUGGUACUCUUGUAAUAACCAUAUUUUUAUAUCUCAACUGGUUUUAUAUAAGUUGGCGUGCCUGAUCUGUAAAGUGUGCACAGAAGCACUUUACAAUCAAGAAUUGCAUACUAAACUUUCCAAGUACCAGUUGCAUCUUAAAGACUUGUAUAAACCAGGAGAAUUAGGCAGAAGCAUUGAUUUUUGGAAUGUUGUUUUCAAGUGUUUAAGUAGACAUUAGCUAAAGGAGAUGGUUGAAUGUGACUGUUUUAUAUUGUUGAUGUAAGAAUGAUUUUAGAUCUGUUGUAUUCUCAGUCUGAUUAAGAACUUGCCUUCAAGGAGAGGUUACUGCACAAGAAGUGCGAUGCUAAACAGCCCAAGUUUAAAUAAAGAGAAGCUUUGAAGCAAUAA